UUAAAAACGACUGAGAGCGGUAACGAAUGAAGUAUAUUUCAAUGAGAUCAAUGGCGUAUUGGAAAAGAGGCCAGUAGUGUCCACAGAAAUGUCCGGCAGGCGGCAGCACUAACUCUCCGAAAAAAAACAGACAUACUCAACAUUCUCUUGGAGAUGGAUCAAAAUGUCAGUCGUUACACACACGAUGGUGACUUUAAAAUACAGUUGAAUCCAUUUGUGGGAAAACAAAUACGGUAUAUUACAGUAUAUGCGAUAAUGUUGCGGCCAUUUAAUGUAGCAGUUUGUGAGUGAAUGUAUUGGGGAAAACUGUCACCCUGAGGUUCAGACAAAUGAAUUUCGUAUACGAUGCUUAUUUUAUGUAAUGUAAUUUAUCUCGCAUUUCUGACUUUAUGACGACGACGAACGUUCUCCACGUGACCAAAUACGUGUUUCGCUUGCCUCAUACGUUGACUCUUGACACUCAUUUACUUUGAAGCUGUACCGGAAGUGGAAAACCACCAUAUGAGUGCAUCUUAACUUGAAACGACGUUUGAUGUCGAAGUUGAACCUUGUUGCGGUUCCGCCUGGGGCUCCGAUGGUAAGAAACGACAUAUUUAGAGUAGAAAUGUUUUGUUCGUUAAUGUAAGCAGUCGAAACGUUUUGUCACAGACUGUACCGAGAUCAAUUUGCUGACAUUUUUCUACUUUUUGGGCCUGCGGGAAGCAGUGAAGCUAACGUGAACUAGCUACCAUGUCGGGGAAAGAAAGUCCUGGUUUUGUGGCCUCUUCUGGGCCCAGGACGUCAUUUUUCUGAUACCACCGAAGAAGCACAAGUUCGGCACACAAGUUUCACCUGGACGCUCGACUGUCAAUGCUACCAACAAUCGGUUUCCAGUGUUGAACACCAGCGUUUAGCUCCACUAGAUAGCUUGCCAGCCAUGGCGGACAGCAUCGGAGAUGAGUCCACCGGUGACACUCUGGGUUCUGGCGGCACCGGGCCAGGCGACGGACACUCUCCCCUUUUGCUGGCCAACUCUCUGACGGGUGGACACUUGAGCUCCAACAUGGCGUCUCCCAGCGAGGGCGACCAGGUGGGACCUGAAGGGUCCCUUACGGACGGUCUGACAGCGACUGCCACUGACUUCUGGAACGCCUUCGGCUUGUCUCCACCGAUGGUGUCGGUGUCACCCAACGUCCAUAGCCCUGCAUCCCCGCAGGGUGUGGGUCAAGGGGUGGGCGGAGUGGCCGGACCCGGUCCCUUGACACAGGUCUACGCCGCUUCCUGGGACCCGACCCGGAGUACGGACUGGGACAACGAAAAGACUUCACAGCCCGCUAUUUUAAGAAUAAAGAGGGAUAUCAUGUCCAUCUACAAGGAACCCCCACCAGGAAUGUUUGUUGUCCCUGAUCCACAAGACAUGACCAAGAUCCACGCCUUGAUCACAGGGCCAUUUGACACGCCAUACGAGGGCGGUUUCUUCCUCUUCUUGUUUCGAUGUCCCCCCGAUUAUCCCAUCCACCCACCCCGGGUCAAGCUCAUCACCACCGGCCAGAACACGGUCCGAUUCAAUCCCAACUUCUACCGCAAUGGCAAAGUCUGCCUCAGCAUCCUGGGAACGUGGACAGGUCCAGCCUGGAGUCCAGCACAGAGUAUUUCCUCUGUCCUCAUUUCCAUCCAGUCUCUGAUGACGGAGAAACCUUAUCACAAUGAACCUGGCUUUGAGCAGGAGCGUCAUCCAGGGGACAGUAAGAACUACAACGAGUGCAUCCGUCAUGAAACCAUGAGGGUGGCUGUAUGCGACAUGCUGGAGGGCAAAGUUCCUUGUCCCGAAGCUCUAUGGAGCGUGAUGGAAAAGUCCUUCUUGGAAUACUAUGACUUUUAUGAGGGAGUUUGCAAGGACAGGCUGCACCUACAAGGACAGAACAUGAAGGACCCGUUUGGAGAGAAGAGAGGCCGUUUCGAUUACCAGCGCCUGCUGGCUCGACUGGGCGCCAUUCACAGGCGAAUACGAGACAAACGCGUGAUGAGCGACACCAACGAGCACGAGUCCGACUCCGACACCAGCUCGUCCGAGACGGACCCGGACAGCCAGGGUAGCACCCAGCCUUGACCAGAGGACGCACGCACGCACUGCUGAGUGGGGAUGAUUGAUGGAUGAUCUCCAUGAAGUCCACAAGUGGCAGGAAGACUUGAGGAGCACUGCUGGAGCUGUGGGUGUGACCUGGAAGACACCCGCUGGACAUUUCCACAGAAACAUUCCCUCUGUUUGAUUGCUUGCUUGGCGCCUACAUUCACUCACUCAUUCAUUCAUUAAUUCAUUCCUACAAGACACACACUGUACUCCAAAUAUUCAACCCCCAUUUUCUAUUUGCAUAUAGAGAAGUAUUUGAUCCCCUACUGAUUUCCUUGUAAAGAUGAUUUUUAUGCUAGAUUGAGCAUCUCUUCUACCAAACCACCUCUUGACGUUGUUGUAGUCCACUCCAGCCUUGUGCAGCUCUACAGCUCUUUGGUCUUUCCCAUGCUGCUGGUUUGUUGGAUGGCAUCAAUCUAGCAUAAAGUACUGCUGCUGGUGCUUCUACUUCUAGCAACAGGGAAUCAAAUACUUCUCCUUACUCGACAUUCUACAAAAACAACAAGACUAAGAAUGCAAGUGUCGUUUGACUUCCCUGAUCAAUAAAAGUGUUUGGACGUGU